UUUUGCAAGCAAACAGCCUUCAAGUUAGCUUGGCACUGUCUGAAUCCCACUCGAGACGGAGUUAGCCCUUCGGGGAAACAGUGAGUCCCUCUGUUCCCAAAACGCGUGAUGGCAAAAGUCGCAAGGAUGCCGGGGUGGGGCGGCGCUUCCGGCCCACGCGCUCUUACGGAAGCUUGGUCGAAGCUGCGAUUGCGCGCAGUAAGGAAGUGAGUUUAGGGGCGCCGGAAGCUGCUGGAGAGAGCAAUGGCGGGAUUGAGUGUGCGAGACCCUGCAGUGGAUCGUUCUCUACGUUCCGUAUUCGUGGGUAACAUUCCUUAUGAAGCUACUGAAGAGCAGUUGAAGGACAUCUUUUCUGAGGUUGGACCUGUUGUUAGUUUCAGAUUGGUGUAUGAUAGAGAGACAGGAAAACCAAAGGGUUAUGGCUUCUGUGAAUACCAAGACCAAGAGACAGCUCUUAGUGCCAUGCGGAACCUAAAUGGGCGUGAAUUCAGUGGUAGAGCGCUUCGAGUUGAUAAUGCUGCCAGUGAAAAGAACAAAGAAGAGCUGAAGAGCCUUGGAACUGGUGCCCCUGUCAUUGAGUCACCUUAUGGAGAGACCAUCAGUCCUGAGGAUGCCCCUGAGUCUAUUAGCAAAGCAGUUGCCAGUCUUCCACCAGAGCAAAUGUUUGAGCUGAUGAAACAAAUGAAGCUCUGUGUCCAGAAUAGUCCCCAGGAAGCACGGAACAUGUUGCUUCAGAACCCACAGUUGGCUUAUGCUUUGCUGCAGGCACAGGUAGUGAUGAGAAUUGUGGAUCCAGAGAUUGCCCUGAAAAUUCUGCAUCGCCAGACAAAUAUCCCAACACUGAUUACAGGCAAUCCUCAAGCAGUCCAUGGUGCAGGACCUGGCUCAGGGGCCAAUGUAUCAGUGAACCAACAGAAUCCUCAAGCUCCUCAGGGCCAGUCUUUGGGCGGAAUGCAUGUCAAUGGCGCACCUCCUCUGAUGCAAGCUUCUAUGCAAGGUGGGGUCCCAGCACCAGGGCAGAUGCCAACUGCUGUAACAGGACCUGGCCCUGGUUCCUUAGCUCCUGGAGGAGGAAUGCAGCCUCAGCUUGGAAUGCCAGGAAGCGGACCAGUGUCCAUAGAACGGGGACAAGGAACCCUACAACACUCGCCAGUGGGACCCGCCGGGCCUGCAUCAAUUGAGCGAGUUCAAGGGCAGAGAACAUGGAUGAUAUGGGCAUCUGUCCGAGGCUGUACUCCCUCCCUACUGGUGUCAGGAGGCUUGGAUGGAAUAGCAGUCUUGCCGAUGCAAGACCCUAGAGCCGCUAUGCAGCGGGGAUCCUUGCCUGCCAAUGUCCCAACUCCUCGAGGUCUGUUAGGAGAUGCUCCGAAUGACCCACGGGGAGGCACUUUACUCUCUGUAACUGGAGAUGUAGAGUCUAGAGGUUACCUGGGACCACCUCAUCAGGGUCCACCUAUGCACCAUGUUCCUGGCCAUGAAGGCCGUGGACCACCCCCACAUGAAAUGAGGGGAGCACCAUUAGCUGAGCCCAGACCUCUAAUGGCAGAGCCCCGAGGACCCAUGCUAGAUCAAAGGGGUCCACCUUUGGAUGGCAGAGGUGGGAGAGAUCCACGGGGAAUAGAUGCACGAGGGAUGGAAGCCCGAGCCAUGGAGGCAAGAGGUUUAGAUGCCCGAGGCAUGGAUGCUCGUGCAAUGGAAGCCCGCGCUAUGGAAGCCCGCGCCAUGGAGGCCCGUGCUAUGGAAGCGCGUGCCAUGGAAGUCCGAGGGAUGGAGGCCAGAGGCAUGGAUACCAGGGGCCCAGUGCCAGGCCCUAGAGGACCAAUGCCUAGUGGAAUCCAGGGCCCCAGUCCAAUUAACAUGGGGGCAGUUGGCCCCCAGGGAUCUAGACAGGUCCCAGUCAUGCAGGGAACAGGCAUGCAAGGAGCAAGCAUGCAGGGUGGAAAUCAGCCUGGUGGUUUUAGUCCUGGGCAGAACCAAGUCACACCACAGGAUCAUGAGAAAGCUGCUUUGAUUAUGCAGGUCCUUCAACUGACUGCAGAUCAAAUUGCUAUGCUGCCUCCUGAACAAAGACAGAGUAUCCUAAUCUUAAAGGAACAAAUACAGAAAUCCACUGGAGCACCUUGAAAGGUUUUCAAAAAUACCUGGCAACAGUUCUGGAAAUUAAUUCCAUAACAUUGUUGAAAUGUUGAAAAUAGGUGACUUCUGCAUCUAACCUUUGAAUGACUCAAAUUGGUACCAGGUGGAGGACUCCCAUCACCUUUUCUCAGAACAAAAUCAGUUCCUUUUGUUGUUUUAGUUUGUAUAUUUUCUGUGACUUGAAAUAAAAGUUGAACACAAUUUUAGUAUACUGCAAAUUGAUAAUACAUGACCUUUUUGGUUUUGAAAAGCUGAACUCCAAGAGUGAAACCUUCACUGUAUUUUCUACCCUUACUGCAGCAUUGUACUUUAAUGUUAUAUUGCCAUUGCACUGUGUUUACUGUAGGUUAACCAUUUAUUCCUCUUAAUGAUAAUUUGAGAAUUUCUCAGAAGCAAUGUUUUCUGGAACUUGGUCUUUGUUUAGUUUGCUUUCAGCAGGAAUAAUAAGGCUUUAUCCUUUGGAAACGUUUUAGAAUAUCUGAGUCUUCUGGAAGAGAAUAGGAUGUGCUUAGAGCUAUAAAAUAGAAAGCCAACAAAACAAAGCACCUACUAUUACAGCGUGUUUAAUUUAGAAAAAUCCAAAUCAAAACACAUUUUUUUGGUCAUUAUCAGAUCUGACUAUACAUGGUUCAUAAUUAAGACAGAUUGUUGGCACUGAUUUGAGUGUGUGUCAACAACACAAGCAACUGUUGACUUUUUACUUGUCUGUUCUAAAACUCCUCAGUCUAAGAGGUCAACUUUAAAAAGCCACUAGUUUUUCACAUUUGAGAUGAUUUUAAAACUGAACAGAAAUCAAAUGAACAAAAUACAUUUCAUCCUAUCCUCCAAAAAGUCACUAACGUAUAGCUCUCUACCUUAUAACCAGAUUUAUUCUUAGAAUUUAAAACAUAGAAAACCCAAAAACUCUUUAAAUUCUUAGUUAUCAUAAGAGGAUCAAAUGAAGAGCAAAAACAGUCAGGUUGCCCUUUGAGGUCUGGCUAGCCUGCUUCCUUGAAGACCGUUAUAAACGUAAUUAGUGCCACUAACUCAUACCUAUGGGUCUCCUUAAGUGGUGUUAUCUCUCAUGAUGGCAUUAAGGAGGAACAUAUUUUCUCUCCAUCUGGAUGACCUCAAGAGGUCAAGAAUUGCCUUAAUAAUUAGUAAAGUUCUACUAGAACUACUGUUGAGCCUAUUUAUAUUCUUAGAAUCUCAUUCUGUGGGUUAGGAUUAUGGUCAAGUGACUUAAAAGCCUGGCAUAGGCUUAAAGAAUGUAGUAGCAUAUUGCUUAUGUGUCAAGCAAAACAGUGCAAAGAUAAUCAACUUCAUGAGAGAUACUAAAAUUGAGGAUUUUCUACUCUAUGUGAACAUUUACAAUGAAAAUUUGUUUGAUAUUGCAUAUUACAAUCUAGCAAGAAAAGGUCAAGACACCGAAGGAGUGUUCUGAUUAUCUUCGUCCCUAAUUCACCUUGGAUGUUAAUUAUGCAUAGGGUUUCUUUUUAUUACCUUUUUUGCCUACUUCCAUGAAUAUUCAGGCCAUGAUCUGUUGAUUUUGGCAGCUGAUAUAAUGUGAAGUGUCAAUGUAUUUAGACAUUGAGAUACAGAAGGAAACGUUUCUUAUGAGAUCAUAGGCUUCAAAGAAAGAUUUCAAAACAAGGUUAAUGAAAAUGAAAUUUUGGCAAAUCAGUUGUCUAAUAGGAACCAACCAUAUCUUUUAAGAGUCCAUUGUGUAUUUUCCCAAAGCCUUAUUGAGCUUAAUUUAGGUAGCUGAAAUGUAGGUGAAUAAAAUGGCAACAGCAGUAUCAACCCAAUCUACACCAACAGAAACUCAUCAGUAUUUUUUUUUAUGGAUGUAUUGACAGCUACCACAUGUUCAUAUCCUACAUGUAUUGUGUUUCAGUGACUGAAAAAAUAUAAUGUAAUUAAUCCUUCAGACCAUGAAGGUCCCUAGAUAAUUAGAAACCACAAUUUGCUCAUUCUUGAUCACUUAAUAGUAGAAAAAUAGGUGCUGUAGUGCUAAUUCAGUAGAAACAUCCUUAUAAAUACAUAAUGAGUUGAAUUGUCUUUGAGCACAAUGAAAUUGGAGAGGGUUCUCUUGAGAACCUGGGGCUUUCCUCCUAAUGAUUCACUGUGAUUACUAACAUCCCAGAGCUAAUGCAGUCAUAAUAUAUGAAGUUGGAUAGAUGGGAGAAAUAAACAUUGAUAGGGUAAAGAAAGGCAUUUUCUUUAUGUAGUUAAAAUGAUUCCUUAGUGAAUAGGUAGGUACAAACCAAAAACAUCUAUCAGGAUUGUUAAUUAUUUUUUACACUAGUUACUAAUAAAACCAUUUAAUGAAUAUGGUGAUUUAGAGCUGCUGCUGGCUCAGUAAGUCAUGCCAUUUGGAGAUCAAGUUUUACCAAUUCCAACAGAAUAAUGUAUGACUGUAGCUUUUUGUUAUAAUUUUAAUUACAAUCAGCAUAUUUUAAGAUUUUCUUUCUCAAUGGGAAAACCCAGGAAAAAGGAACAAAGGACUUACUCCUUAAGCAAAGAAAAUCUCGUUUUUUGACAAAAAUGAAGUGUUAAGUUGGCUGUUCGUGCAGAAUAAAAUGAUUAAAGUUACAAAAUGUACCCUGUUGGUAUUAUAUGGAGAAGAGGGUUCUUGGGAAUUUUAUGUUUACUGUUUAUUAUUUAUGGUUAUUAUGUUUUGUUGCUAAUUCAAUAAAUUUUUAUUCUAAAAGUCA